CUGGGAUAUAUGCUCUAUUGCAUUUUAUUUGCGAUUCUUGUUUUGGUUUGACUAUGAAUGUUAGUUAUUAAUUAUUAAAUGGUUGAUAUUUGUAGUUUCUUUUGAUAUUUAUAGCUAUAUGAUAGUUUCUUUUUGUAGGUUCUUUUUUUGGACAGGUUAGCGUUGUAGUCAUGAAUAGAAUUUAUGUUCUUGUUUCAUGAGGGAUUUAAUUUUAUGUAUGUUCUGAUUGUAAUUUCUGGUUAUCUCUUUGUGUUAUAUUUAUUCUAUAAUUAGAGCUUCCUACUGCCACUAACCAUGUGUUCUAUUCUUAGCAGUGCAAUUCAUGUUCUAGCAUAUCCAAUAAUAAUUACUAUUUUCUUGGAGUUUGAAAUUAGUUGUGUGACUUGUGUCCUGUGUGUUGUAGCAACUGUCUUAGGGUAGCUUCCUGGGACUACCAUUUACAGAAGCAUUGAACAAUAUCCUAAAGCAUUUAUACAUGAAGGAAUUGUCAUUGUUUGAAUUGAUGCACCAAUCUAUUUUGCAAAUGUUAGUUACAUCAGGGACAGGCUACAAGAAUAUCAAAACACAGUAUGGAUUAGAAGCCGAAAAGGUUUAUUUCGUGAUCAUCAAAGUAUGGAUUGCAGCUGUUCCUUAUAUUGACUGUAGUGCUGUUCAAGCUCUCAAGGACCUGCAUCAGGAGUACAAAUCACAAGAAAUCCAGAUUGCAAUAUCCAAUCCAAACUGAAAAAGUUCUGCUCUCAAGAUCAGGUCUUGUUGAAAUGAUUGGCAAGAUCUGGUAUUGUGUGAGCGUGCAUGAGGGGGGAAUUGGACUGCCUGUGGAAAACAAAAAGAUGGAGAUGGCUCCCCUCUUGGUCAAGAGCCUUCGCUGCCCGAAAGUGAAAAGGUGGUCUGAGUGUUCUCUCCACUGGCUCAUUGUCUGCUGCUUCGGCCGGUGCUAUCCCAUGUACAUGAACGGUACGAAGAAUUAUUUUUGGCCUACCCUCUUGGUCUUGGAUGACUCCCCUCUUGGUCAAAUGAAUUAUUGAGUGGUUUGUUGUUUGUGUUUGUCCUUCUACCUAGACGAGUGGAAGUCAAGUCUUAUGGCAACUAUAUUUGUUGUUUGUGUACUUGCUUUGUACAUUGAGAUUUCAUGUUAUGCCCAACAAUAUCUAAUAAACAGGUCAAACAAGUUAGGGUUGGAUUGAAUAAAUGGGUUACAUGUAUAUUACACAGAUUAAAUGGAUCGGGUUGGGUUAUUCGUUUGUUAAACAGCAUGUUUAGGUUUCAAAAUCUAAUCCAUUUAAUAAAAAGAUUGGGUUUAUGUUUGUAUU